ACAACGAAUGCUUUGUUUACUUCCGGGUUCUGACAGGAAGUGGACCCACACUGCACCGGAACUGGCCUGUAAGCUGGAGCUUCUGCAGGGAAUGUAGAAUGGCGGUGGCGUUUGGGAAGCUCGACGUCGGCACUUGUGUGGAAAUUAAGCGCAGUGACGGUCGCAUACAUGAGGCAAUGGUGACGUCCCUGAAUGAGGACAACGAAAGCGUCACCGUUGAAUGGGUGGAGAAUGGAGACACAAAAGGGAAAGAGAUUGAUUUGGAGAGUAUAUUUGCACUUAACCCAGAUGUGGGUCCAGAAGAAGAGAUUAUCCGGAGUCCAGAGACUCCCCCUCCAAAUACCGGUCCGAAAGUUAAUAAAAUAGCAAAAAAUCGUGGAACGAUAGCACCUUCAAAGAUUGACACUCCAUCCAGGGACAGUAGAGUGAUUCCGACCCAGGCCCGACCCCAUCAGUCUCAACACGCUGAAACAGCACCGCCCCCUCCAUCACAGCAGGCUCAGCCUGCCCAGGCACCCACACAGCAGCAGCUCCAGAAUGAGACUUUACACCAACCACUAACCAGAAAGGAGAUGGGACAACUUUCUAGGAGGAAGUCAAACUGUGUGAAGGAGGUUGAGAAGCUACAGGAGAAAAGGGAGAAGCGUCGUCUCCAGCAACAGGAGCUCAGGGAAAAGAGAGCUCAGGAGGUGGAUACAACCAUUCCUAAUUAUGAGAUCAUGUGCAUGAUUAGAGAUUUCCGUGCAAGUCUAGACUACCGACCUCUGACCACAGCAGAUCUGAUUGAAGAACAUAGAAUAUGUGUAUGUGUGAGGAAGCGUCCACUAAACAAAAAAGAACUCACCAUGAAGGAUUUGGAUGUGAUAACCAUUCCAAGUAAAGACGUGGUGAUGGUACACGAACCUAAACAGAAGGUAGACCUUACUCGUUUCUUGGAGAACCAAACCUUCCGCUUCGACUAUGCCUUUGACGACGCUACCACCAAUGAGAUGGUUUACAGGUUCACUGCCAGACCAUUAGUGGAGACCAUAUUUGAGAGGGGUAUGGCCACGUGCUUUGCCUAUGGGCAAACAGGAAGUGGUAAAACUCAUACAAUGGGUGGAGAUUUUUCUGGAAAGAACCAAGACUGCUCUAAAGGAAUUUACGCAUUGGCUGCUCGGGAUGUAUUUCUCAUGUUGAAGAAACCCAACUACAAGAAAUUAGAGUUACAAGUGUACGCAACCUUUUUUGAAAUCUACAGUGGAAAGGUGUUUGACCUGCUUAACCGAAAAACCAAACUGAGGGUGCUGGAGGACCGGAAGCAGCAAGUGCAGGUUGUGGGCCUUCAGGAGAAGGACGUCAGGUGUACAGAGGAUGUCCUGAAACUCAUAGAAGUGGGCAACAGCUGCAGGACAUCAGGGCAGACGUCAGCCAAUGCCCACUCGUCUCGUAGCCACGCCGUGUUCCAGAUCAUUCUUCGGAGGAAGGGCAAGAUGCACGGCAAGUUCUCGCUCAUCGACCUGGCUGGAAAUGAGAGGGGCGCCGAUACUUCAAGUGCUGACCGCCAAACUCGCCUGGAGGGUGCGGAGAUCAACAAAAGCCUGCUAGCUCUCAAGGAGUGCAUCAGGGCUUUGGGUCGCAACAAGCCGCACACGCCUUUCCGAGCCAGUAAACUUACCCAGGUCCUGCGGGACUCCUUCAUUGGUGAAAAUUCCCGUACAUGCAUGAUUGCAACAAUCUCUCCUGGUAUGACAUCCUGUGAGAAUACCCUCAACACGCUUCGCUACGCCAACAGAGUAAAGGAGUUUGGGAUUAGUCCAUCAGACAUCCCCUUCUCUCAGGGGGGUCAGGGGAGUCGCCCCGAGCACUCGCCGACCAAUACUUUUGAGUACGAUGACUUUGCUGCUACUCCCCCCGGCAGGGUGAAGGAACUUACAGUGGACCACAACCAGGUGAUGGAGGGAGGCCGAACCAACAUCCACACGGUCAACCAGCUGGACAUUUUGGACGAGGAAUGGCAGAACAGUUCACCGCAGAGAGACGACCUCAAACUGUUGUGUGAGCAGAAUGAGGAGGAAGUUUCUCCUCAGCUCUUCUCCUUUCAUGAAGCUGUCUCUCAGUUGGUGGAGAUGGAGGAGCAGGUCCUAGAGGACCACAGAGCUGUUUUCCAGGAGUCCAUCAGGUGGCUAGAGGAUGAGAAGGAGCUCCUGAAAAUGACAGAAGAGGAGGUGGACUACGAUGUGGAAUCGUAUGCGACUCAGUUGGAGAAGAUCCUGGACCAGAAAAUAGACAUUCUCACUGAGCUUCGAGAUAAAGUGAAGUGUUUCCGCUGUGCUCUCCAAGAGGAGGAGAAAGCCAGCAAGCAGAUCAACCCCAAGAGGCCACGAGCUCUUUAGACGGACCGGGAAGGUGGGAAGAGAACCACUAGACAAACGUUUGCCUGCGAAAGCACAAAAAAAAAGGACCGACCUUUCCUACAGGCUCAAAAAGUUGCAACUAUAAUGACUCUUAUAUAGGAAAUAACUGUGUUGCUAUGGUCUUGUUAGGAAAUUUAGGAAGAAAACAUGGGGAAGAUUUUUUUGGUUAUGUUUUUCACGAGGAAUGUUUAGGAACUCUAAACCGUUCUUCUUAAAUUAUUUUCUUUUAAUACUUGUUUGUACUUUUUUUGCCACACAGAACUGGUUGAUUUACGGUUGCCCCCAGCUAACUUGUACAGUCUGCAUGUGCACUGAUGUUAUGGCGUCUUAAUGCUUUUUUGGCACUAUAUAUAUUCAUGUCCCAUAUGCAGUCUGUCUUUUUCCCCCUCCACUUUUUACCAGUGUGGAAGAAGUUUCCCCAAAUGCAUUUUUAUGUGUAGCUUGUUCCCAUUCGUGCCAUUUCAUGCCAUGAGGCAAUAGUUUCUACACUAAUGUUCGACAUGUUUUUCACGGGUUACACUUUGUUAUAAAACAACUGGAAAGGAAGAACCUGAAAAUAAAUGUAUAGUGAAAAACAAGUUGCAGUUUGUGUC